CACACACACACACACAACGCAAGUGGCUUGUACUACUGCUGGCUACAUUCACCCCGCACACCCAGGACACUUAUAAUGGCUGGUCGAAGAGGUUUAGACAUCUACUUAGACUUACUGUCUCAGCCAUGCAGAGCAAUACACAUUUUAGUAAAUGUCAACAAAAUACCCCAUACUUUGAAAACUGUGGCACUACGAAAAGGUGAGCAGAAGACGCCGGAUUUCGCUAAACUGAACCCCAUGCAGAAAGUCCCAGUUAUAGAUGACAAUGGUUUUGUCCUAACUGAAAGUGAUGCCAUAUUGAAGUACUUGGCGACAAAGUACCAUGUCCCAGACCACUGGUAUCCAAAGCAACCAGAGCGGAGGGCCAGAGUGGACGAGUACACCGCAUGGCAUCACACCAACACACGCCCUCAAGCUGCUAAAGUGUUCCUCUUGGAGGUGCUGUUGCCCCGUAUGGCUGGCCAGCCGACCGAGCAGGCCAGGGUGGAGAGGGCGGUGUCGGAGCUGAGUGUCACCCUGGACAAGCUGCAGGACAUGUUCCUGAAGAGGCAGCCCUUCCUGUGUGGCGACGACAUCUCUCUAGCUGACCUGCUGGCCGUGUGUGAACUCAUGCAGCCUCUAGGCGGCGGCAGAGAUGUGCUGCAGGACCGUCCUGUGCUGCAGCGCUGGCUGGGUCGCGUUCAGUCUGCUGUGGGCAGCUCCUUUGACGAGGCCCAUGCCGUGCUGUACCGCCUCAGGGACAAUGCAAAGGCCAAACUGUGAUGUCACCGGUUGCCAUGGUGUCAACCCCCCCCCCCCCCAUGUACAAAUAUGUACAAGACCUUUGGAUGUAUUUUGAGUGAUUUGCUGUUGGGUUGUUGACAUGAGCUCAUGUCAACAACCCUGGUCUUCAAGACCUCCUGUCCUGCAUGUUUUAGAUGUCUCCCUCUUCCAACACACCUGAUUCAAAUGAACGGGUCGUUAACAGGCAUCUGCUGAGCUUGAUAACGACUCAUUUGAAUCAGGUGUGUUGGAAGACCGAAACAUCUAAAACAUGCAGGUAGGUCGUGAGGACCGUGGCUAAGAAAGGCUGCCUUAACCAAGAUGCCUUGUUAUCAGCUAUGUAAAGCCUAUAACCUACUAGAAGGAUCUACAGCCUUACUUGCUUUGAGAAUCAACACAUCAAUAAUUUAAACACUAAACUUGAUCAGCAAUAAUCUAUAAAACAGGCAAUGACUUCAGGAUGAGGAAGAUGGAACUCUCAAAUGAAACAAGCUGAAUCUUUCGUAAAGUGUUGCAAAUGUGUAAUUAUGCCAUGUGUCGCCUAAAUAAAAUUGGUUUUAUUUA